AUGGAACCGGUCACAUAUUUCGCCACCUACGCAACAGUAGUCGCGACGUUUGGCUAUUACCUGUACACAAAACAGUCGUUCGAAUAUCCCAGCGCUCGAGAGCGAGUUUACACGAAGCAGUUCUACAAACGGGCUGUAAAAUAUGGAUUUAAUAUCGAGAAGUACAAUAGCCUUGUAACAGAGGUGAGUGUUUUCCCUAUCUUUUUUUUCGUUUUUCCUGAUUUAUCAUUGAGGUGCUACACUUGGCAUUAA